AUGAAUUAAGAAAUAUAAUAAAAAGAUCAAAUAAUAGUUCUGAUUCAUCAACCAAAGAAUCAUCCAUGGACUGAAAUUUAAAUGGCUCAUGAGCCUACAACUCAUUCAAAAAAUAAAGAAUUUAAAGAGAAGUAUUUAUCAUCAUGUUUUGAUGAAACUUAUAAUUUAUCAAAUCAAGAAACUAAAGAAUGGUGGGAUUUAAGAAUUGAAUUAUAUCCAUAAUAUUCUCAUGAAGAUGAAAAUUGUGUAAAAAGAAUUAAAGGUUUAUGGUAUUUAUUAACAGAAACUGAUUUGAAAGAAAUUAGAAAUUAAAAAUGGACUGAAUUUGGGUUUCAAUAGUCUGAUCCAACGACAGAUUUUAGAGGAGGUGGAAUAUAAUCAUUAGAUGAUAUUAUAAAUUUUGUGAGUGAUCAUAAAGAUACAAUUGUUAAAGAAAUGUGUAAACCAGAAAAUGAUUUUUAUUUUGCAGCAUCAUCAAUCAAUAUUACUUUUUUUAUUAAAAGAUAUUUUCAUUUGCAAGAAUAAUUAGAUGAAAGAGAUAGAAAAGUAUAUUCAUAUUAAUUUUAUAGGAAAUUGCAGAUAGAGUAGCACUUAAAAAUUUUUGUAGAUCGCUUGUAAGAGAAGAUAAUUUUUGGAAAAAAUUGCAUUAAUUAUUGUUUAUAGAUCUCUUUAAUGAAUGGAUAGCUCUUAAAAAAAGAAGACCAGAAACUACAAUCAUGGAUUAUGGCCCUGUCUUAGAAAGAGUUAAAUAAAAAACUAAAAGAACAUUUCAAACUAGAUUAUUUGGCAAUCUUAAAUAAUUAAUUGAGUUUUAUCAAUCAUUAUGAUUUUAUGUCAAC